ACCUCUGUUGACCUCCAAUCCACAACAAAGGACUUCAGACCUUGUAACUCUACUUCUAUAUACAAAGCAUGCAUAUCCUUGUGACCAACGACGAUGGCCCGCCAUCAGACCAGUCCUCGCCCUACGUACACUCGCUGGUGUCAACACUGCAAAAGUAUGGACAUACCGUAUCGGUAAUUCUUCCGCAUACGCAAAGAUCGUGGAUAGGCAAGGCACAUCUUGUUGGCAAGUCGAUACAACCAACAUACUACCGCCCUGCUCCUCUCCAAACCACCCCGGAAGGCCGCCUCACUAAUCACGGUACAACGCACAACUCGCCGCUCCCGCCCUCGUCCAACGAAGAAGAAUGGGUGCUCGUCGACUCAACACCCGCCUCAUGCGUACAAAUCGGUCUAUACCACUACUUCACCGAGCGCGGUCCCAUUGACCUCGUCCUCUCUGGGCCAAACUACGGCCGUAACUCGACAGCCGUCUUCUCUCUCUCAUCGGGCACAAUCGGCGGCGCAAUGGAAGCAGCCGUCUGCGGCAUGAAAUCCAUCGCCCUAUCAUACGCCUUCUUCGACCGCAACCACGACGCCAACAUCAUCAGCGGUGCUUCUGAACUCAGCGCAAAGAUAAUCCAACACCUUUGGGAUAACUGGGACGCCUCCACGCAUCUCUACUCCGUCAACGUACCUCUGGUCGAGAACGUAGGAACCCGCAAGAUUCUAUGGACAAACAUGCUUCAGAACUCAUGGAAGUCUGGUUCUUGCUUCCAGGUUGUCGAGGUGCCGUCGGAAGCCGAUGAUACUCCCGCGGACAUUGAGGGCCAGAUACGCAGACAGGAGGAGAAGUUGGGCAAGAAGGAACUUAGGUCCAAUUCAGGCAUACAGGGCGGCACGGAUUCUGGGACGGAGACGCCAUCGGGACUGGCGCAUGCGAGGUAUACCCAUAAACACUUUAGGUGGGCACCAUCUUUCAAAGAUGUGUAUGAGAGUGUGGAGGCGAGUGAGCCGGGGAAUGAUGGGUGGGCGGUUGCGCAGGGGUUUACGAGUGUAACCCCGUUGAGGGCGAAUUUCAUGCAUGUGAAUGGGUUUGAGGGCGAGAUUAAACUCGGGGAGUUGUCAUCGUAGGAUGAAGGAGGUUUGUAUUAGCCAGAAAAUGAAGAAUGAAUAAUAGCUUCUGCUAAA